AUGUCUACCAGCAAGGAAACACCACAAGUCCAUACAGUUUCGCUCGACAGUGAAGAGCGCGCCUUCGGUGAUCCUCAAUGGAGGACUGGACUGAAAGCUCGAUUCCCUUGGACAGGUUUUAUCGCACUGUUCACCAUCAUUCUCUGUGCAAACAGUUCGCUCAUUGUCCUCCUUUUCUCCGAUGGGAAGAGGCAAAGGCACUGGGCAGAGAAAGUCGGACCCAGCGUUCUGCUGUCUGCAUUCAAUGGCAUUGCGAACAUCUGCUUUGGAGUUGCAAUUGCAAACGGCGUCGCCAUCACCUGGUGGCGGAAGGCGCUCAAGGGUGCUACCAUCAAGGAACUCCACCGGUCCUGGCAAUUCAGCUCGAGUAUCAAGGACGUUGUGCUCUGCGGCAAAUACUUCAACUUCAUCGCCCUAGCGGCCCUCGCUGCGAAGCUUACCAUCAUCGAUGGCAUCCUGUUACAGAAGGCUGCAGGCACGCGACUCGGCGAUGACCCGGUCCGUUCAAUCAGGGCUGACAUGUUCGUGAACGAUACAAUGCCCUUCACAGCGAACAUCAAUGACAGAUCCGGCGAAGUCGGGGACUUGAUCGACUGGUUCGGCACAGAGGUGGACGUCUGGUCGCGAAAUGCGGGCAUCUUCCAAAACAGCUACGUUGGUUGUAACGGGAUAUGUCUGCUUGAUGUAAGCGGCACCGGCUUUGGUGUCGAUUGUCAGACCGAGGAGAUUGCGAUCGACUAUGGUUCAGUUGUGGCGCAAGAGGCCAUUGAGGUAGCUCUUGCCAAUGACACUUCGACUGUCAAUGUUACCGCCGAGCGUGCCCUCUUCGAUGUUACUUUCGGAACUCUCUACGGAAAUGGCGACUACUCGAGAAUCGUGAUGAACAUUACGUUCACCGACACCACAGCCAAAGAAGGCGAUCCCAGUAGCUGUCCAGGAACACUCAUUCGACACAGUUGCACACUCCGACCUGCAAUUAUUCGGUACCCUGUGACCAUAGAGGACAGUACCCACACCUCCGCGAAAACCACUGUCGCCAAUAUGUACCUUGGUUACAAUACCACUUCCUAUGGCGGACAACUCUAUUAUACGGAGGAUGGAGGCGCGACGAGCUUCCGAGACGACGCCGACCGCUCCCUCUCUACGAAUGUCUCAGCGUACGAUCGCAGUGCGCAUCAGCUCCACAACUACUCUCUCGUCGCCUACAAAGAUAUUCUCGAAGAUUUAACCCUGGCCGGAAGUUCCUUGACCGUGAUAGGUGGCCUGGCUUCAGUCUUCGAUCGUUACUUGAAAGGUUCAAGCACUAUGCAUUUCGAUGGUAUACAUGGUGGCUUCGUCCUCAACCAAACCGGCUUGGCCAGUGUGCAGCCAUUCAAAGCCCCAUAUAACACUUCUGCUGCUGGUUGUGGUUACCAGUACGAAGAUCCCCUAGACCACAUCUUACGUCGCAUAAAUCUGUUGAUGUUCACGUUGUCUGUCGAUCCCUUCUUCGAUAAUCCGAACAACGAUUUUUCCGCGAAUCUAACCCAGAUGUUCGCCAAAGAGUACAGCCAAAGCAUACACUACAAGACGAAUCAUGGCUUCAUGUAUGGGGCUCUAGCAUCAAUUCUCUUCUGUGUCCUCUGCGUCCUUCCCAGUUACUGGGGUUACUGGCAGCUGGGCCGCGACGUCACUCUCGGACCUUUCGAGAUCGCCAACGCUUUCCGCGCUCCCAUCCUCGAUCAUCCCGCUGUCGCCAAUGCUGGUGUCAAAGAGCUUAUCAGAGAAGUCGGUCAAAGAGAAGUCAAGUAUGGAGCGAUGGUUCACAACGAUACAUCCGGUCGCUUGGCUAUCGCGGAGCCUGAAGCUGUACGGAGGGUACACCCACGAAUCAAUGAUCGAAGCAUGUGA